AAAAAAAAAAAAGAAAGAAACCCACCACCACCCCCGCUUGCUUCCAGCAGCCGCAGCAGCGAGGGAGGCAGCCGGAGCAGGCACGGACCCACGGCCGCCCCGGACACGCGGGGAGGGGAGCUGCGGGCAGCCCAAUGGAUCCAAUGGUAAUGAAGAGACCUCAGCUAUAUGGAAUGGGCAAUAACCCUCAUUCUCAGACACAGCAAAGCAGUCCAUACCCGGGGCAGUCAUACGGCCCUCCAGGUCCCCAGCGAUAUCCAAUGGCAAUGCAGGGACGGACCCCAGCUGCCAUGGGUGGAAUGCAGUAUCCACAGCAACAGAUGCCACCUCAGUAUGGUCAGCAAGGUGUAAGUGGCUACUGCCAACAGGGCCAACAGCCAUAUUACAACCAGCAGCCACAGCCUCAGCAUCUGCCACCCCAGGCACAGUAUCUGUCACAGGCCCAGCAGAGGUACCAGACACAGCAGGACAUGUCUCAGGAAGGCUAUGGAACCCGAUCCCAACCCCCUAUGGCCCCAGGAAAGCCCAACCAUGAAGAUCUAAACCUCAUACAACAAGAAAGACCAUCAAGCUUACCAGUUGAAGUCUUGGCCUCGGAGGAUGCUACAUUUGGACACAAGGAUUUAUCUGGCUCCAUUGAUGACUUGCCCACUGGAACGGAGGCAACACUGAGUUCAGCAGUUAGUGCAUCAGGUUCUACAAGCAGCCAGGGAGAGCAGAGCAACCCUGCACAGUCACCUUUUUCACCUCAUGCUUCUCCACAUCUCUCCAGCAUCCCUGGUGGUCCAUCGCCUUCCCCUGUAGGCUCUCCUGUUGGAAGCAAUCAGUCACGAUCUGGUCCAAUUUCUCCUGCAAGUAUUCCAGGCAGUCAGAUGCCACCUCAACCUUCUGGCAGCCAGUCAGAAUCCAGCUCCCAUCCUGCUUUGAGCCAGUCACCAAUGCCACAAGAUCGAGGUUUUAUAGCAAGUAUGCAAAGGAACCCACAAAUGUCCCAGUAUGGACCUCAGCAAACUGGACCUUCCAUGUCGCCGCACCCUUCACCUGGAGGCCAAAUGCAUCCUGGAAUUGGUAGCUUUCAGCAGAGUAAUUCAAGUGGAACGUAUGGGCCUCAAAUGAGCCAGUAUGGACCACAAGGAAAUUAUUCCAGACCACCAACAUACAGUGGGGUGCCCAACACGAGUUACAGUGGCCCAGGACCUGGCAUGGGUAUAAAUGCCAAUAGUCAGAUGCAUGGACAGGGGCCAAGCCAGCCUUGUGGAACCAUGCCCCUGGGACGGAUGCCAUCAGCUGGGAUGCAGAGCAGACCAUUUCCUGGAAACAUGAGCAGUAUGACCCCCAAUUCUCCUGGCAUGUCUCAGCAGGGAGGUCCGGGCAUGGGCCCACCAAUGCCAACUGUGAACCGUAAGGCACAGGAGGCAGCUGCUGCAGUGAUGCAGGCUGCUGCAAACUCCGCUCAGAGCAGGCCACCAUACAUUAGGUCGCCUGCUUAUCCCAGCCAGUCUGGGGCUGGCGGACGCCCCAUGUUUUCUUCACAGCACCCCAACUAUGGCAACGCUCAGGCUCCCAUGAUGCACCAGCCUGAUCAGUACGGGCAAGGCAGUUUUCCUGGCAUGAAUCAGAGUGGUAUUAUGGGAUCCAGUUCUCCUUAUACCCAGCCAAUGAACAACAGCUCUAGCCUGAUGAACCCGCAAGCUCCUCCUUACAGCAUGGCACCUAACAUGGUGAACAGUUCAACAGCACCUAUGGGUCUUGCAGAUAUGAUGACACCUGGUGAGUCCAAACUGCCCCUCCCUCUCAAAGCAGAUGGCAAAGAAGAAGGACCCCCACAGCCUGAGAGCAAGUCAAAGGAUAGCUACAGCUCACAGGGUAUUUCUCAGCCCCCAACCCCAGGCAACCUGCCAGUCCCUUCCCCAAUGUCCCCAAGCUCUGCUAGCAUCUCCUCAUUUCAUGGAGAUGAAAGUGAUAGCAUUAGCAGCCCAGGCUGGCCAAAGACUCCAUCAAGCCCUAAGUCAAGUUCCUCCACCACGACUGGAGAGAAGAUCACAAAAAUCUAUGAGCUGGGAAAUGAGCCUGAGCGCAAAAUGUGGGUAGAUCGAUACCUCACCUUCAUGGAAGAGAGAGGCACACCUGUGGCCAGUCUGCCAGCUGUGGGCAAAAAGCCACUAGAUCUGUUCAGACUGUAUGUCUGUGUCAAGGAGAUUGGAGGCUUAGCGCAGGUUAAUAAAAACAAGAAGUGGCGCGAACUGGCAACCACCCUGAAUGUUGGUACGUCGAGCAGUGCAGCCAGCUCCCUGAAAAAACAAUAUAUUCAGUACCUGUUUGCCUUUGAGUGCAAGAUUGAACGAGGGGAGGAGCCCCCUCCAGAGGUCUUCAGCACUGGAGAUACUAAGAAACAACCUAAGAUUCAGCCGCCAUCUCCUGCUAAUUCCGGUUCCCUGCAAGGUCCACAGACUCCUCAAUCUACUGGUAGUAAUUCCAUGACAGAAGUGCCAGGCGACUUGAAGCCCCCAACACCAGCAUCAACACCUCAUGGACAGAUGACACCUAUACAGGGUGGCAGGAACAGCGCAGUUAGUGUGCAUGAUCCUUUCUCUGAUGUAAGUGACUCAGCAUUCCCGAAGAGAAACUCCAUGACGCCAAAUGCACCGUACCAGCAGGGGAUAAACAUGCCAGAUAUGAUGGGAAGGAUGCCCUAUGAACCGAAUAAGGACCCUUUUGGUGGGAUGAGAAAAGUGCCUGGAAGUAAUGAGCCGUUCAUGACCCCUGGACAGAUGCCCAACAGUGGAAUACAGGACAUGUAUAACCAGACGCCAUCUGGAGCAAUGUCCAACAUGAGCAUGAGCCAGCGACAGCAGUUCUCUUAUGGAAGUGGCUAUGACAGGAGGUCGGAUCAUGGGCUGGGUUCUGAAGGCAGUAUGGGACCACCUGGUCAAAGCAACAUGGUGCCUUCAAACAGUGACCCAAGCAUGUACUCUCCUAAUCGUUACCCUGGCCAGCAAAGGCAUGAACCAUAUGCACAGCAGUACCCAGGACAAGGACCUCCUUCAGGACAACCAGCAUAUGGAGGACAUCAACCUGGAAUGUAUCCACAGCAGCAGAACUACAAGCGUCAUAUGGAUGGCAUGUACGGGCCCCCAGCAAAACGCCACGAAGGAGAAAUGUAUAACAUGCAGUAUGGCAACCAGCAGCAAGAAAUGUAUAACCAGUACAGCAACACUUACUCUGGACCAGACAGGAGGCCUAUGCAGGGACAGUAUCCAUAUCCAUAUAACAGGGAGAGGAUGCAGGGCCCAGGACAAAUACAGCAGCAUGGAAUACCACCCCAAAUGAUAGGCGGCCCCAUGCAGUCAUCAUCCACCAGUGAAGGUCCUCAGCAAAACAUGUGGCCAACCCGAAAUGAUAUGCCUUACCCUUACCAGAACAGGCAAGGCCCUGGAGGCCCCACACAGGCCCCACCCUAUCCAGGGAUGAAUCGCACUGAUGAUAUGAUGGUACCUGAUCAGAGGAUAAACCAUGAGAGUCAGUGGCCUUCUCAUGUCAACCAACGUCAGCCUUCUUAUAUGUCAUCCUCAGCCUCCAUGCAGCCUAUCACUCGACCUCCUCAGUCGUCCUACCAGACACCACCCUCAAUGCCAAACCACAUCUCUAGGGCUCCAAGUCCAGCAUCUUUCCAGCGCUCUUUGGAGAAUCGUAUGUCUCCAAGCAAGUCUCCUUUCCUACCCUCUAUGAAGAUGCAAAAGGUUAUGCCCACAGUUCCAGUAUCACAGGUCACAGGUCCUCCACCCCAGCCACCACCCAUUAGGCGAGAAAUUACCUUCCCUCCAGGCUCUGUAGAAGCAUCGCAGCCAGUCUUAAAACCAAGACGAAAGAUUACCUCAAAAGAUAUUGUAACUCCUGAAGCCUGGCGAGUGAUGAUGUCUCUAAAAUCUGGCCUUUUGGCUGAAAGUACCUGGGCUCUAGACACAAUUAAUAUUCUUCUGUAUGAUGACAGCACUGUUGCUACUUUCAACCUCUCUCAGUUAUCUGGAUUUCUUGAGCUUUUGGUGGAAUAUUUUAGAAAAUGCCUGAUUGACAUUUUUGGAAUCCUUACGGAAUAUGAAGUGGGAGAUCCAGGAAAAAAAGCACUUGAUCACAACACAGCCAAGAAAGAUGACAGCCAGUCCUUAGCAGAGGACACUGUAAAAGAGGAGGAUAAUGAUGAAUGUAUUAAUUAUUUUGAUGAUGAGGAGGAGGAAGAGGAUGAAAAAUCUGAAGGAGAAGAAAAGAGCAUUGUUUUUUCCACUCCUGGUGCCAUUGCUGAUCCAAGUGAGAGGCCAAAACAAGCCAGUAAAUUUGACAAGCUGCCAAUAAAGAUUGUAAAGAAAAAUAAUCUAUUUGUUGUAGACCGAUCUGACAAACUCGGACGUGUUCAGGAAUUUGACAGUGGGCUCCUCCACUGGCAGCUUGGUGGGGGUGACACAACUGAACACAUCCAGACUCAUUUUGAAAGCAAGAUGGAGAUUCCUCCACGCAGGAAAGCACCUCCUCCCUUGAACUCUCCAAACAAAAAGAAGGAUUUGGAGGGGAAAGGUGAAUCUGAAGAACAACAGGAAAAAAGUAUAACGGCCACCAUUGAUGAUGUCCUCUCAGCUCGACCAGGAGCGUUGCCUGAAGACUCGAGCUCUGGUUCCCAGGCAGAGAGCAGUAAAUUUCCCUUUGGAAUCCAUCAAGCCAAAAGCCACCGGAAUAUUAAACUGCUAGAGGAUGAGCCAAGGAGCCGGGAUGAGACUCCUCUAUGCGCCAUAACUCAUUGGCAAGACUCCUUGGCCAAGCGCUGCAUCUGUGUGUCAAAUAUUGUCCGUAGCUUGUCUUUUGUGCCUGGCAACGACGCCGAAAUGUCCAAACAUCCAGGCUUGGUGCUGAUCUUGGGAAAGUUGAUCCUUCUUCACCAUGAGCAUCCAGAAAGAAAGCGAGCACCACAGACAUAUGAGAAAGAGGACGAGGAGGACAAAGGGGUGGCCUGCAGCAAGGAUGAGUGGUGGUGGGACUGCCUCGAAGUCUUGAGGGAUAAUACAUUGGUCACGUUAGCCAACAUUUCUGGACAGCUAGACUUGUCUGCUUACACAGAAAGCAUCUGUUUGCCAAUUUUGGAUGGCUUGCUGCACUGGAUGGUGUGCCCAUCUGCAGAGGCACAGGAUCCUUUUCCAACCGUGGGGCCCAACUCAGUCCUAUCACCUCAAAGACUUGUGCUGGAGACCCUGUGUAAGCUCAGUAUCCAGGACAAUAAUGUGGACCUUAUCUUGGCCACUCCCCCAUUCAGUCGUCAGGAGAAACUCUACGCUACUUUAGUUAGGUACGUUGGGGACCGCAAAAACCCAGUCUGCCGAGAAAUGUCCAUGGCUCUCUUAUCAAACCUUGCACAGGGGGACACAUUAGCGGCAAGGGCAAUAGCUGUGCAGAAGGGAAGCAUCGGAAACUUGAUAAGCUUCCUGGAAGAUGGGGUCACGAUGGCCCAGUACCAGCAGAGCCAACAUAACCUCAUGCACAUGCAGCCGCCUCCUCUGGAGCCACCUAGCGUAGACAUGAUGUGCAGGGCAGCCAAGGCCUUGCUGGCCAUGGCUAGAGUGGACGAGAACCGUUCAGAGUUCCUAUUACACGAGGGUCGUUUGCUGGAUAUCUCAAUAUCUGCUGUCCUGAACUCUCUGGUUGCAUCUGUCAUCUGUGAUGUACUUUUUCAGAUUGGGCAGUUAUGACAUAAGUGAGAAGCCAAGCAUGUGUGAGUGGAGAUUAGAGGGUCACAUAUAACUGGCUGUUUUCUGUUCUUGUUUAUCCAGCGUAGGAAGAAGGAAAAAAAAAUUGCUCCUCUGCCCCAUUCACUAUUUACCAAUUGGGAAUUAAAGAAAUUAUUAAUUUGAACAGUUACGAAGUUAAUAUUUGCUGUCUAUGUGUAUAAGUGCAUCUUUUUAUUUUAUUUUUUUUUAACCAAAGUUGCUGUCUAGUACAUUCAAAGGUCACACUUUUUUUUUUCCAUAGAUUAUCCUUUUCAAUGUUCUUUUCCAUGUUUGUAUUGCAUAUUUUUUGGGAAGCGAACUAGUGACUUAAAAAAAAAAAUGUUGUGGGAAAUCAUUGUACGAUGGGGAAAGAAAAUCUCACCACUUCGAAACGAAAAGGUGAAAAAUAACCAACAUACCAAGUUCCUGUGUGUUUUAUUUUUUCAGAUAAGGAAAAAGUUUUAAAAAACAUGUAAACCAUCACCCAAAGCUCUGUGCAAUAGAAGAUUCUAGUGAUGUAGGUGUAGGGGAUCAAGGAGGGUGUGAGUCAGUAGUCAAAAUACAAAAUGCUAUUGGUUUCUCCACAGGAGAAAUGGUUACAUUAGGGUAGGAGCAAAAUUUAAAAAAAAUAAAAAUUUUAAAGUUAAAAGAUUUUAAAUACAAACCUGACGAUAAACGUAAAUUGCUUCCUCACCAGAACUGUCUUGUCUGCAUCUGUUGUUCGACCUUCCACAAUGACAGUUCUUCACAAUUCCUUUAAUCAUUUUUUAAAUAUUUUUUUAUUGCCUAAGGGCCGUGAUGUAUAUAGAAGUUGUACAUUAAACAUACCCUCAUCUUUUUUUUUUUUUAAGUACAAAGUUUUUAGUUUCUUUUUCAUGAUGUGGUAACUACAAAGUGAUGGUAGAAUUAUUUUUUUUCUUUCAUUUUUGGGCCAUAUCUCCAAAAAAAAAAAAACUAAAAAAAAAAAAAAACCGAGGGUAAUGUACAAGUUUCUGUAUGUAUAAAGUCAUGCUCUAUUUCGGGAGAGCAGCCGAUCACAAUUUGCUUUAUAAAUCAAGGUGUGGAAAUGGUUACGUAUGGAUUGAUCUAAGAAAAAGGUUACCAGUCUACAGACAAAAAAAUAUAUACAGAAAAAAGGAAGAACAACUUCAAAGAUUUUUCAGUGAUGAGAAUCCGCAUUUGUAUUUCAAGAUAAUGUAGUUAAAAAAGAAAAAAACUUGAUGUAAAUUCCUCCUUUUCCUCUGGCUUAAUGAAUAUCAUUUAUUCAGUAUAAAAUCUUUAUAUGUUCCACAUGUUAAGAAUAAAUGUACAUUAAAUCUUGUUAAGCACUGUGA